GCCGGUCAUUGUUGGUCUGGGGUCGGCCCGACACAGACACUGGCCGGAGACGUCCCGAACGUGCCGUCGCCAUGCGCCACGUGACCUGGAUGCUGGUGCUCUGCGCAGGAGCUGCAAAUGGAAAGGAAUGGUCGGCGGGAAAGGUCAACUUUCCUUGGCGGAAGGAUCGUGAUAGCGCGCGAUAUCAGGUGCCCUGCAUAGACAACGGCAAGUUUUACCGAGAUCCGAACCGAGAUCCGGCCAAGAUGCACGGCACCAGCGAGUGUUCCAAAUAUUUCCUCUGCAUAGAUGGAGAGGUUUACAAGUUCAAGUGCUCACGUGACCUCCUAUUCGACGUCAGCAGACAAAUAUGCGACUUCAAAGCCAAGGUGGCCAACUGUGAGGUGAACACAAAAGUGACCACACCCAAGCCGAUUUUGAACACGAUCGAGCCCAUCUGCCCCCGCGAUCACCACGCGUGCGGCACUGGAGACUGUAUAGCGGCCGACCUCUUCUGCGAUGGACAGGCGGACUGUCCAGAUGACAGUGACGAGGGUUGGUGUGACCCGGAACAUGACCCGAACGCGGCUCCCAAAUGUGACUACAACAACUGCACGCUGCCGUACUGCUGGUGCUCCGUGGACGGCACGCUCAUCCCGGGAAACCUGGAGCCCAACCAGGUACCACAGAUGGUGAUCAUAACGUUCGACGACGCCGUGAACUCACAAAACAUCGAUCUCUACAAGAAACUGUUCAACAAAGAAAAACGAACGAACCCCAACGGGUGUCCGUAUCACGCCACCUACUUCGUCUCGCACGAAUUCACGAACUACCGGGACGUGCAGGAGCUGUGGAACAUGGGACACGAGAUAGCCGUGCACAGCAUCACGCACCGCAAACCCGAGGGUUGGUGGACGAACAACGCUACCAUUGAGGAUUGGUUCGACGAGAUGGUGGGUCAGGCCAACAUCAUCAACCGGUACGCUGGCGUCUCCAUGGAGGAUAUGUGGGGUGUUCGCGUGCCGUUCCUGCGCGUAGGCUGGAACCGGCAGUUCGUGAUGAUGCGCGAGUUCGGCUUCGUGUACGACUCGUCGGUGACGGCGCCCUUCUCGGAUAUCCCUUUCUGGCCGUACACGCUCGACUAUCGGAUCCCGCACAAGUGCGUCGGCCAGGGCGUCAAGUGCCCGUCCCGCUCGUUCAGCGGCAUCUGGGAGAUGGUGAUGAACCAGCUGAAGGUUAACGAGUACACCUGCGCCAUGGUGGACAAUUGUCCUCAGGUGGAGGACGAGGAGGACCAGUUCCAAGUGUUUAUGUCCAACUUUAAGCGUCAUUACACGACCAACCGAGCCCCAUUCGGCCUGUACUUCCACACUGGGUGGUUCCAGAAGAGAUCCAAUCUGAAGGCACUGACGCGUUUCCUGGACGAAAUCGGCCAAAAACAAGACGUGUGGGUGGUCAACAACCGCGAGGCCAUUCAAUGGAUGCAGAAGCCCGUCCCACUCUCCCAGAUAAAUCAGAUGGAAGAGUGGAAAUGCGGGAAACAGGUACCUCUGGAGGAUAAGGCGUGCAACAUCCCGAGUACGUGUCACGUGCGCAGCCGGGUGCUGCGCACGGACCGCUACCUCUACACAUGCUUCGAGUGUCCCAAGACUUACCCCUGGAUCCGGGAUGAGUUCGGCGUGGAUCUGUAGACAAGCCAAGACCUACCCCUGGAUCCGGGAUGAGUUCGGCGUGGGUCUGUAGGCCAGCCUCGCCGCUGGUUUCCUACAUGGCACUGUGUCCGGGUGCGACCCCUGAAACGCGUGACGCUGGUGACAUGUACCGACGAGGGCGUCCACGUAGAUUUUGCAGCCAGGAAAAAAGUAGAAACGAGUCAGGAUAUUUGCACGUUGUGUUUAUGCUAUGUAGGGAUGCUUGCUCGGCAACCUGGUGGUUCACUGGUACAGUACCACUGUUAUAAUUGUAAACUGGGCUUGGAACACCUUUUUGUAUCGCUAAGAUGCUGCUUGAUUUUACUGUUGUAACCACCAGCUGGACUUACUUGUGCCGAUCUUGUAUCAGCAUGUUGUCCUUCCCAAUGUUAUUGAUCGACAGUGAUUUUGUUCGCUGUCGCCACCUACUGCUGAAGGUGCGUAUAUGAUAGCGUUCUGUUGUAUCUGACGUGUAAUUAUUGUAGUUCACACUGGGCGCUAUUACAGCGGAUCUUUGAAGCCAUUGUGAACGCAGCCUUCUGUGUGAUAUCUGUCUGUUUUUUUUGUUUUUGUUUUUGUUGAUUAGAUGCCGGUCCUGCAUUUUGUGACUUCAACGGUUUAAUAUAUUUUUCAAGUUAAG